UUUAACAUCCGCAGUUGGCUUUUAUUUGUUACUUAUGAAGCUCUUGUGUUAUCUACAGUUGCUGAAGAGAAAACCAAACAAGAGUUGUCAGGUGUAUAUAAUACCAGAGGUGGCAUUGCGGAAAACAAGAACGUGCAAAUCCUUUCCGGGUUGGUGAACGAAAUAUUGACGAAGACGCUAUAUAUCUCGCGCUAUAUGUCCCGUUUUUUACUUUUAAAAGCAAUGCUACUGAGCGACUUGCAGAAACUAAAAGAACAAAUUUCCGGCUAUUUGUCGGGGAUUAUUUCUACAAUUGACGGACAGAUAUCAUUAGUAGACGACAACAAGACUGAAGCUAAAGUGGUAGCGGCACUUUUUGUGCUCGACACACUUAAAAAAGUUGACGAGUAUUUGAAACAGCAGUUGCCACAUUUAGAAGAAAAAUUGGUAGACUUGAACAAAAAGUUAAAAGCUGCCAACGAAAGUGCACUUGAAGCAUUGAGAGGUCAACUAUCCAGCGUAUUGAUGCAAGUAAAAGAUGAAGUAGAAAACAAGCUGAAAAAACUAAGAGGUAUGACAUAUUGUAUGAUAAACUUGUAA